GCCCGGAGCGGUAGCGGGAGAGCAGGCAGCUGGACCCCAGCGCGGGAGGCGGCGGCCGGGCGGGAGCCCCCGAGCUGAAUCUCGAGUCAGCGUGUCCAGCCCCCUGCCUCUGGCCGCAGGCCCCCACUCCCUGCUCUGCGGGAUGGCCUAGCUCGGCCGGUGAACCGGGCAGGAACCCCGGCUGCAACCUCGGCCUGCCGGCGGGGCACCAGGCAUCUGUGCCCACCAAUGCAGCCCGGCCCCUGGCGAGCCAGGCCCACAGAGCACGCCCAUGUGGGCCGGCGGCGUGGGGAGCCCUCGGCGGGGCGUGGCCCCCGCGCCCACCGACGACCUCUUCGCCCGUAAGCUGCGCCAGCCAGCCCGGCCCCCGCUGACACCGCACACCUUUGAGCCAAGGCAACCCCGGGGCCCGCUCCUGCGCAGCGGUAGUGAUGCGGGCGAGGCCCGGCCCCCCACGCCAGCCAGCCCACGGGCGCGGGCCCACAGCCAUGAGGAGGCCAGCCGCCCUGCCGCGGCCCCCACCCGGCUCUUCACAGACCCACUCGCACUGCUGGGGCUGCCGGCCGAGGAGCCGGAGCCCGCCUUCCCGCCGGUGCUGGAGCCCCGAUGGUUUGCCCACUACGAUGUGCAGAGCCUGCUCUUUGAUUGGGCGCCACGGUCACGGGGAGCGGGGAGCCACGCAGAGGCCAGCUCUGGGACCCCGGCUGCAGCCGAGGACCAGGUCGCCAGCUCGGACCUGCUGCUUGGGGCCCCCGGUUUUGUGAGCGAGCUCGGGGGCGAGGGGGAACUAGGUCUGGGCGGGACCGUGUCUCCACCUGUGCCCCCUGCACUGCCCAACGCGGCCGUGUCCGUCCUGGAGGAGCCGCAGAGCCGGACCUCGGCCUACAGCCUGGAGCACGCGGACUUUGGUGCUGGCUACUACCGCAAGUACUUCUAUGGCAAAGAACACCAGAACUUCUUCGGGCUGGACGAGGCGCUGGGCCCCGUGGCCGUGAGCCUGCGGCGGGAGGAGAAGGAGACCAGCGGCGGGGGCACCCUGCACAGCUACCGCGUCAUCAUUCGGACCACGAAGCUCCGGACCCUCCGAGGCACCAUCUCGGAGGAUGCGCUGCCGCCCGGGCCCCCGCGGGGCCUGUCCCCGAGGAAGCUGCUGGAGUACGUGGCGCCGAGGCUGAGCCCCACCUGCCUGCGCCUGGGCUCCGCCUCCCCCAAGGUCCCACGCACGCUGCUCACCCUGGACGAGCAAGUGCUGAGCUUCCAGCGCAAGGUGGGCAUCCUGUACUGCCGGGCGGGCCAGGGCUCGGAGGAGGAGAUGUACAACAACCAGGAGGCGGGCGCGGCCUUCACGCAGUUCCUCACCCUGCUGGGCGACGUGGUGCGGCUCAAGGGCUUUGACAGUUACCGGGCCCAGCUGGACACCAAAACGGAUUCCACGGGCACACACUCCCUCUACACCACGUACCAGGACCACGAGAUCAUGUUCCACGUGUCCACGAUGCUGCCUUACACGCCUAACAACCAGCAGCAGCUCCUGCGGAAGCGCCACAUUGGCAACGACAUCGUGACCAUCGUGUUCCAGGAGCCGGGCAGCAAGCCCUUCUGCCCCAGCAGCAUCCGCUCCCACUUCCAGCACGUGUUCCUGGUGGUGCGGGCCCACGCGCCCUGCACCCCGCACACCACCUACAGGGUGGCCGUAAGCCGGACCCAGGACACCCCGGCCUUCGGGCCAGCUCUGCCCCCGGGCGGGGGCCCGUUCGCAGCCAACGCCGACUUCCGGGCCUUCCUGCUGGCCAAGGCGCUCAACGGCGAGCAGGCUGCCGGCCACGCGCGGCAGUUCCACGCCAUGGCUACGCGCACGCGCCAGCAGUACCUGCAGGACUUGGCCACCAACGAGGUGACCACCACGUCGCUGGACUCAGCUUCGCGCUUCGGCCUGCCCUCCCUGGGCGGGAGGCGCCGGGUGCCCCCCAGGGGCCCGGGCGCUGAGCUGCAGGCGGCGGGCGCGCUGGCGUGGGGCGUGCGCGCGGCGCCCGGGGCGCGAGUCGCGGCCGGGGCCGAGGCGGGCGGCCCCGACAGCGCCGAGACCCCCUGUCUGCUGGGCAUCUCGGCGGAGGCGCUGGUGCUGGUGGCGCCGCGCGACGGCCGCGUGGUCUUCAACUGCGCCUGCCGGGACGUGCUGGCCUGGACCUUCUCGGAGCAACAGCUCGACCUGUACCACGGCCGUGGGGAGGCCAUCACGCUGCGGCUCGACGGCGCUCCUGGGCAAGCCGUGGGCGAGAUCGUGGCGCGCCUGCAGCUGGUGAGCCGGGGUUGCGAGACUCGCGAGCUGGCCCUGCCCCGUGACGGCCAAGGCCGCCUGGGCUUCCAGGUGGACGCCGAGGGCUUCAUCACGCACGUGGAGCGCUUCACGUUCGCCGAGACGGCGGGGCUGAGGCCCGGGGCGCGCCUGCUGCGCGUGUGCGGCCAGACGCUGCCCAGCCUCGGCGCCGACGCCGCUGCCCAGCUGCUGCGCUCGGCGCCCAAGGUCUGCGUCACCGUGCUGCCCCCCGACGAGAGCGGCCGGCCCCGCAGGAGCUUUUCGGAGCUGUACACGCUGUCUCUGCAGGAGCCCAGCCGGCGGGGGGCCCCAGAGCCUGCCCAGGACGAGGCCCCGGGCGUGGUCCUGCUGCCCACCACCAUGCAGCUGCUGCGCCUGUGCCUGCAAGAUGGUGGCAGCCCUCCAGGGCCCGGGGACCUGGCUGAGGAGAGGACGGAGUUCCUGCACAGCCAGAGCGCGCCGUCACCCCGCAGCUCCCUGUCAGAUGAGGCCCCCGUCCUGCCCAACACCACCCCGGACCUCCUCCUGGCCACCACAGCCAAGCCGUCGGCACCCGAGACACCCCCCAGCCAGGAUGAGCCGGGCAGCUCCGGUGGCCAGGAGGACGAGGGCGACCCAGCCCCCGCACUGAGGGCCUCCUUCCUGCCUCGAACCCUGUCCCUGCAGAACUCCAUCAGCAGGAUCAUGCUGGAGGCGGGCAGUGAGACCCUGGAGGACGAGUGGCAGUCCAUCUCCGAGAUCGCCUCCACUUGCAACACCAUCCUGGAGUCGCUGUCCCGGGAGGGACAGCCCAUCCCAGAGAGCGGAGACCCCAAGGGAGCUGCAAAGCCGGACACUGAGCCAGAGCCUGGGAGCCUGUCGGAGAAGGUCUCGCACCUGGAGUCCCUGCUCAGGAAGCUGCAGGAGGACCUGCAGAAGGAGAAGGCGGACAGGGCCGCCCUGGAGGAGGAGGUGCGGAGCCUGCGGCACAACAACCGGAGACUGCAGGCCGAGUCCGAGAGCGCAGCCACCCGCCUGCUGCUGGCCUCCAAGCAGCUGGGCGCCCCCAGCACCGACGUGGCCUGAGGCGGCCGCGGACCCCCCGGGGGCCUCCUCAGGAACCCCUCCCCGCGCCCACGCGUGGCUCAGCACUGCUCCCACUUCC